GAAUAAGAUAAAGUUGACUAAAAAUGUCGUUUAUAAACUGAAACCAAUAUAAAUGUUAAAAUAUAUUACACGUUUUCUCUUUAUUUAAAUUUAAACUCUAAUAAUCAUUCAUAUAUAAUCCGAGAUUUGUAACAAUUGGUUAGUAUUUAAUUAGCCACAUAAAAUUUUCUUCUUAAGUACUAUUAUAAUAGUACUUAAGAAGUAAUUAUUACUUCUCUAAUAUGGCAUCAAAAGCGUAAAAAAAAAAAAGAAAAAAAAUCUGAGUUUUGAAUUCGUUAGUGACGGAAUUUUUCAUCUUUGAGAUCCAUGUUUUUUUUUGGUAGCAGUGGCGGAAAUUUUAAUCUCAGUGACAAAAAUUUUCGUCUCUAAAGCCUUUGUUUGUUUUGUUAGUGAAGGAGAGCAAUAGGAUCAUGCAUGGGGUGCAUCAUAUCCAAAAUUCGCAAAUUCUUGCGCAAAUGCUUCGGCCCCAAGAUCACGCCCAAAGUCGAUUCCUUAAUGGAAGAUUAUCGCAAGUUCAGCACCCCUGCCAAAAACGUCUUAAGCUCUUUCAUAGAACAACUCAGAGAGAACCAAUCCACCUCCGCCGAUCUCCUUGAAGAAGCCGUCAACCGUUUCAGAAAUGACGAGCCCAACACGUCCGUCCUCAUGAGUUUGCAAAAGUUCAAAGCCAAGUGCAACACUUACCUCCAUGAAAAUAAUCUUAACAGCUCAUGCGAACGGGAGGACAGCUGUAAUACCUAUACCGACAAGUUCUCAGGUGUUAAAAACAUCCUGGAUGAAGAUCUCAAAAUGGUGGAACGUUGGAAUACAGUUGCACAAUGGGUUUUCUUUGUGAUCAGCCUUGGAUUGCAAAUCACUUCUUCGGUGCUUUCUUACGUGGGUAACCAUCCGUUGGUUGCCGCUGUCAUUGGCCCUGUGGUGUGCAAGGGGAUUGACUCACUGGAAAGUAAGAUUAACAACCUUUGUUUUGAAAAGCGUAAGAACUCCCUUAAAAACAAGAUAGACAAUGUUGAUCUAUUGAUGAUAGCCAUUGAUAAGCAUCGCAGAAUUAAAGACCGCAUGCUGCAAGCUUCAAGAGACAUUGAAAAGAUCAACGGCUUUAAAGCGCGUGUUCAUAAGCUGGUGGAUGUUUAUAUUAGUAACUUUGCUGAUCAUGGGAAUGAUGAGGAAGCGGCAAAGUUAGCAGCCAUGGAUAGGAUUGAAACUGAGAAUAGAUGUUUACAGAUAAGUCUUCAGGAUUUGUUGAGGAACGUGGAGCGGUGUCUUGAGGACCUCAGCACAGCCACGGAAAACAUCCAAAGGCUUAAAAAUUAAUGAGGUAAAAUUAAAAGCACAUGGAGGUAUAUUAGUGGUGGUACGAUGGCUGCGGAGGCGCAGGACCGAUCGAUCACGGGUUAGGUGUUGAUUUUCUUUGUUGGGUUUCGAAGAAGCCUGUUGU